AUGGUCAACAAGCCGUGUGCUAGGAGGGGUGCUACUUGCAGUGCUGAUACCGGUAGCCUUGGGCUUCAGCUUGCUUCCUCCAAGGCCACCAACUACUCGAGGUUGAUCCAAAGGUUCGGACAUCGUUCAAGUGCAGCUGCAGCAGCAAACCUUUGGCUACAUUCCUCAGUAAUUCCAAGUCGAGGGCGAGAACCGUGGGUCGAGUCAGUCCUGCAUGUGGUGAGGGAUGAGUACUCGUACGAAGCGCGAGCAAGAAGUGGAAGAGUGGAAGUGAUCAUUGCUGACCGCGAUAGUCUGCGGCUGUCCAUAUCAGCGUACAGAGAAAUAAGCAAUAGAACAGUUGAAGUUGCCAGACGAGCAUCACAACAAGGGUCUGUGAGCCAUCUGCUCAUACUUUAUUGCCAUAGUCCCAGUGCCCCUUGA